AGGGAAACUCCUGUUCAUGAAUCCAUUUGCAAGUCAGGUUUCGCUAAACAUGCAGGGCCAACACAACACCGCCGACACGCACAAGUAUUCUGUGAUCUUACCAACUUACAACGAGCGCAAAAAUUUACCAAUUAUUGUCUGGUUACUGGCAAAGGUGUUCGCAGAGCAUGAUCUUGCAUGGGAGAUCAUUGUCGUGGACGAUGCUAGUCCAGACGGUACGCAAGAGGUUGCCAAGGAGCUUGCCAAGGUAUAUGGGGAGGACAAGAUAGUGCUGAAACCUCGUGCGGGGAAGCUUGGACUCGGAACGGCGUACGUCCAUGGACUCAAUUUCUGUACCGGGGACUUCGUCAUCAUCAUGGACGCAGACUUUUCGCAUCACCCCAAAUUCAUUCCUCAGUUCAUCAAGUUGCAGAAGGCGUAUAAUCUGGACAUUGUCACUGGCACGCGGUACCGUUCAACGGCGACCCCUGCAUUGUCCGACGCGCAGCCAGGAGGUGUUCAUGGCUGGGAUCUGAAGCGCAAGCUCGUUUCGAGAGGCGCCAACUUUUUAGCUGCCACUGUGCUAAAUCCUGGUGUUAGCGACCUCACAGGCAGUUUCCGGCUAUAUCGACUACCCGUUCUGCGACACAUUAUCUCCUUGACGGUGUCCCGGGGAUAUGUAUUUCAGAUGGAGAUGAUGGUUCGGGCGCGUGCAUUGGGAUACACAGUUGGAGAGGUGCCUAUCACCUUCGUAGACCGAAUAUUUGGAGAGAGCAAGCUGGGUGCUGACGAGGUUAUUGGGUACGCGAAGGGGGUCUGGUCGUUAUUCACUACGGUUUGAUAGAGUGGCUGUGCAGUCCAGGUUGACGUCAUGGAUUAUAAGUUGGAACUAUCGAGGACUCAGACG